UUAUUGUCUGAAGAAGUUAAAUGUCUACACGGUGAAAUUUGAGACUUCUAACUUUAAUCAUAUAUCUCUUUUUAGGAUGAUAUGGAGAACACCAGUGCUCUAGUGACUUUCUACCUAUCCCAUCCUUCUUCUUCUUCCCUACAACCUUUCUGGAACUCUUCAACUACCUCCUCCUCCGUACCUUCACCUCCGCCUGCUGACCUGGUCGUUUUCCCUAAUGUGGCGUACACGGUGGCUGAGCUCUUCAUCGCCUUCUUCUCCACGAGUGGCAAUUUACUGGUCUGCGCGGCUGUGGGCCUCAACCGUAAGUUACGCACCGUCACCAACUACUUCCUGGUCUCGCUCGCGUUCGCCGACAUCUGCGUGGGCGCGAUCGCCAUUCCUUGCGCCGUCCUGACUGAUAUUGGUUUACCGCGUCAAAAUCUCUACCUGUGUCUGCUCAUGCUAAGCGUUUUAAUAAUGUUCACCCAGAGCUCCAUCUUCAGCCUGCUGGCCGUGGCCGUGGAGCGCUACGUGGCCAUCUUCAUGCCCCUCCGCUACCAGGUCCUGAUGACGUCUCGCAACGCUGCGCUGGUGAUCCUCGCCACGUGGCUGCUGGCCUUUCUCAUCGGGCUUGUGCCUCUGAUGGGCUGGCACAAGACGCCACCUGAUUCAGGCUACUGCUUCUUUGUCUUGGUGGUAGACAUGACCUACAUGGUCUACUUCAACUUCUUCGUUUGUGUGCUGACGCCCCUCGUCAUCAUGUUUCUCAUCUAUGCCAAAAUAUUUCUAACAGUCAAGCGACAGGUGCGACGUAUCACUUCUGAGCUAAGCGGCGGAGGGGAGGGACAAGCGAGGGUGGCGGCAAGCGUGCGCCGCGAGAUCAAGACGGCUACUUCGCUCUUUCUGGUUCUUUUCCUGUUCACCGUCUGCUGGAUCCCGCUCCACAUUAUUAACUGUUUCCUGCUGCUCUGCCCUCACUGCCCUGUCCCGCUCAAGCUGCUGCUCACCGCCAUCAUCCUGUCACAUGUAAACUCUGCCGUCAACCCCUUCCUGUAUGCGUACACAAUGACAGCUUUCAGGGACACCUUUAAAGCCAUCUUCUUGUGCUGUAGGACAACAGGAGACAGAGAGGCUUCAAAUAUGGCGGGCGGCGGUGCCCGAAACACACACCAGACCUGA